AUGGGCUUGGCUUGGCUUGAGGGAAGGGGGCUGGUUGUGGAGAUUGAGGGUGAGGAGGGUGAGGGUGAGGGUGAAGGAAGGGGAUGGAUUGGUUUGGUUUGGGUUGAGAUUUUUCUGUUGGGGUUUGUGUUGGAGGGAUGUGGAUGUGGAUGUGGAUGA